AAAAGAAGAAAUCUCUUAUAUUGUCGUAGUUGCUUUGAUUCUCUAUCUCUCUGGAAGCAAUCUGUUAUAAUUAAAAAAAAAUUAAAAAUUAAAAUCGUCUGGAGAAUUGCUAUCUGUUCCGUGUUUGGUUGGAGCUCUUGAACUCUGCUUCUGUUUCAAAGUUUCCUUCUAAAAGAGCAACCACCCAGAGAGAGCUCGGAGAUCGUGUGAUAGGAUCGAACGGUGAGAUUCAAACAGAGGCCUUUGAUCUGUUUUUCAUGGUGCCAUCUCAGUGAAUCACUUCUGUAUAUUGGAUUCAUUCACCAAUGUGCCAUCCUGUCGGCUUCGAACAAUAGCCCAAAAGCUUGUGAACUCCUGAGUAACGAAGUGAGAUUCAUUAGUUUGGUGUUUGUAACCUGUCGGAAGAUCCGAUUCUUUCAGGUCUUUGGUGGAACAUGGCCAGCAAUGUCCCUAACAUCCGGUUCGUCCGUUGUCCAAAGUGUCGGAAGGUUCUUAUAGAGCUGCCUGACCUUCCUGUGUACAGGUGCGGCGGAUGUGAUGUGGUUCUCCAAGCGAAGAAACGAGGAGAGAGCAGCCGGUCUAGAACAGCUGAAACAAAUCGAGUUCAGAACAAUGAAGCAGAGCAUGCAUCCAACAGUAAUGAAUCCAUUGCUUUGAGCCAGCAACUUACUGCUUGCUCUACAGAUGCAUAUGUUUCAGAUGCGGACCAUCCAAGAGAGCUGGCUGUGUCUGGGAAUGCUGAUGUGAGAAACCCAAAUGCAGUUUCUUCUUCUGGUGAGCUUGAUAGCCAUACUAGCAAUGGAGAAUCGGCAAAAACAGCUAGAAAUGGAGAAGAAUCGAAUGUAAAUGAAAUGAAAGAUACCAACUUUGAAAGCCCAAAGUCGAAUGUUGAAAGCCAAAUAGUUACUGGUAACUCGACUUUGGACGAACAGGCAGAGAAACCUCAGCCACUUGAUCAAUGCAUCCGUGACCGUAUAAGCCCAAGAGAGAAUAAGGAAGUGAGAGAAGAACCGAUCCACCGCAGCACCAUUUCAGAUGAUACUGUCAUUACAAAGCUUGGUGGGUCACUUGGCAAUCUUUCAAAAUCGCCAACUAGAAGCUCACAUGCUUAUGAUGCAAGCGUCUCUUCCUGUGGUGACGGCACCGAUGAUCAUGUUCCAGACCGGCAUCCAAAUUCAUCGAACAGAAUUCUGUUUGAAUCUCAAACGGGUGUGGAUUCCAUCGGCACUGGUAAGAUUAAUGCCGAUUUGGAAAUUCAGUGUCAAGUAACCAACCUCUCAGCAAUGUCGCUGAAUGAGUAUGGUUCAGCUACCACAGGCGGCAUUGCUUGGAAUCAAGAUAACCCGUCCAAGUCUGCCAGAUAUGGACUUCAAGCACCAGAGCAGGGGAGUGUGCAGGAGUCCGACGUCUUCCAUUCGGUAAAUAGCUGGAUGGAAUCAGAAAGAGAUGGGUCAUAUCGAUAUCCACCAUCAAGGGACUCUGGCCACGGGUGGGGCCCGCCCAGCAUUUAUCAGAAUGGCGGCCCAUCAAACUACCAGCAUGAAGAGCUUCCAAAUAGCCCGAAUUCUUAUUCAUCCAAUAAGCUCAACUACCUCGAGAAGGACAGGAUCGAACUCUUGAAGAAGGUGGAGGAAUUGAAAGAUGAGCUCAGUCGAUCAUAUGGCCAGAGAAGAAAAGGGAAGGAGAAGGUCCCAAUCAGAGGUGUCCAUCUGGAAAAUCAAUGGCCGUCAGGCUACGAUCACCAUCGCCUGCCAUACUACAACACAAGCUAUCAUCAAAAUCCUCAUCAACCAUAUAUUCAGAGGAAAACCAUGCCCCACCAAUUUGGGCCAUCGCAAACACAAUUCACAAUCAGACAGCCCACAAGCUGUUCACUCCAUGUCGAACACUCCUGUCCACAUUGCUAUCACAAAGAUUGGCAAUUCCACGCUCAUCCCCCACCCAGCGCCUACCGCAGCCAAGGGCUAUGCCAGGCUUGUCCCAGUCAUACAUGCUACCAUUCCUGCAAUCCAAGUUCUUCCCACCCGCAGCUGCAUCCAGACUCCAGUUUCCUGCCACACCACCACAAUCCUCAUCCACAUGAGCCGAGGCUCGUCGAACAUGAGAUGGAGAAGCUGCAGCGCAAAGAGCGACGCCAGCCGACAAAGCGGCAUUGCCUUCCGUUAGCUGGUGGGGCCCCCUUUGUCAUAUGCAACAGAUGCUGGAAGCUGCUGCAGCUGCCAGCAGAUUUUAUGCUGUCGACGAGGAGACGCCACAAGCUACAGUGUGGUGCCUGUUCUAAAGUGCUUGCGUUUUCACACAAUGGGAAGAAUCGUACCUCUUCUUACGUUCUGACCCAAGAACACCGUAAAUGGAGUGAGGCCAGUGAUAUCAUUAGCUCUGCGACGAUGAAUGCCGCAUCCACAUCUGGUGUCGAUGGAUUUGUCCACGGUGACCCGAUCUCAUAUUCUGACGAUUAUGGGCUCUCCGUCUCUAAAAGCUACUCGACAGAGGGUGAGCCUGUGUUCCUUGCUCCUCCAAUUCAUCCCCAUCGAAGUAGUUGGAAUGACAGGAAUCAUGCUGAAAGUAGCUCUCUGAAGCCACGAACACAAGGAAGAAAGAAAAGGGUGAUCGCCGAACAAUCCGAAAAAGAGCCCGAGCACUCAAACAAAGUGUCAGAAUCUGAAGAAGCGAACAUGGAGAUGUCGCCACUCCAUAUGCUCAUGGGCUAUUCUUCAGUCAGUGAAGUCUUAUACGGGCCCCGCUUCCUACGGAGAGGUUCUCAAAGCCGUAACAUUGAGAAUACAGUCACCAAUGGAUCACUGGAGAACAGUGUGGUAUCCCCACUGCAAGAUGCAAGCGAGGAAGAAGUGUCAUCGAAGUUGUCAUCGAGGAAUGCAAGACUCCAAACUUCCCUGGUUUCAUAAAUUUAAGCAACUAGAGCACCAAGCGGGCCGACGGACCUGGGAAUCCUCGCUAAGUUCAAGCUUCAAGGAGUGCGGCAUUGCUCCAUCAAGUCCAUCGGGUUAUCUUUGGCUAGCCCAUGUGAUUUAUUCUUGCUGGAAUCCAUUUGAGAACAGAGAUUUUCGUUCGAAAAUCGAAGGCUGAUAUCAAUCGGCUAGUGAAUAUGUAGAUGAUACACUUAACCUUCGGUGAUGAUUUUAUCUUUACUGGUUCGAUUAUUAGAAGCAAUAAGCUAGAAAUUCACAUAUCUAGUAGGACAUAAUCAAAUGCUGAUUUUUUAUUUUUUAUUUUCAUGUUGUAAUCUUGUAUUUGUAAGUGAUUUUUUUAUUUUUUUUUUUGUAUUAGUUUUUUAAUGUUGUAAUCUUGCAGUGAGUAUGUGUUGUAAUUUGUCAGUUCUUUUGUCUAUGCAAUUGAGAGAUCAUCUGUG